UCCCGGCAGGCGCCGCGGCCAGCCGUCCACCGGUACCUUCGAUGCCCAGCGACCAUGUCGUCCCCCGGCUUCGCGUAAAGGCUGAAGAGGGAAGGGCUCGGCGGCGUCGCUUCUCCCCCGCAGCGCAGCGACAGCGCCGGCAAGGCACGGCAGCCACCAGCGAUGGGGUCCAGGAUCAAGAAACAUCCAACGACUACUUUUGAAGUGUAUGCAGAAGUUACACAGCCCGAGUCUGGUGGUUCAGAUCCUGAGGUGCGGAGGCAAUUCCCUGAGGACUUCAGCGACCAGGAAGUUCUGCAGACAUUGACCAAGUUUUGCUUCCCUUUCUAUGUGGACAGCCUUACAGUCAGUCAAGUUGGCCAGAACUUUACGUUUGUACUCACUGACAUUGACAGCAAGCAGAGGUUUGGAUUCUGCCGCUUAUCUUCUGGGGCUAAGACUUGCUCCUGCUUCCUAAGCUAUUUACCUUGGUUUGAGGUUUUCUACAAGCUUCUGAACAUCUUAGCCGAAUACACUGCCAAAGGCCAGGACUGUCAGUGGAAGAAUUUGCUGGAUAUACUAUACUGCAUUGUUCCUCCGGAACCAGGCGUGGCUGUGCAGUUAGGUGUGCAUUUGUACUUUACUCCUCCAAAUAACGAAGACCUUCCGAGCAUACCUGAAAAUAGAAACCUGACAGAGUAUUUUGUAGCUGUAGAUGUCAACAACAUGCUCCACCUUUAUGCCAGUAUGCUGUACGAGCGGCGAGUCCUCAUCACCUGCAGCAAGCUAAGCACUUUAACAGCCUGUAUCCAUGGGUCUGCAGCAAUGCUAUACCCUAUGUAUUGGCAGCAUGUUUACAUCCCUGUCCUCCCUCCACAUCUAUUGGACUACUGCUGUGCUCCAAUGCCCUAUCUGAUAGGAGUGCAUUCAAGUUUAAUGGAGAAAGUGAGGAACAUGGCUUUAGAAGAUGUAGUGAUACUGAACGUGGACAACAAUACACUGGAAACACCAUUUGAUGAUCUUCAAAGCCUUCCUAACGAUGUGUUGGCAACACUAAAGAAUCGACUCAAGAAAGUUUCAACAACCACUGGGGACGGCGUAGCUCGUGCAUUUUUGAAGACUCAAGCUGCCCUCUUUGGUAGCUACAGAGAUGCUCUGAAGAUCGAACCUGAGGAGCCCAUCACGUUCAAUGAAGAUGUAUUUGUCUCCCACCGCUCGAGUGCCAUGAGACAUUUCCUGCAGAAUGCCAUUCAACUGCAGCUCUUCAAACAGUUCAUUGAUGGUCGACUGGAUCUGCUGAAUUCUGGAGAAGGAUUCAGUGAUAUUUUUGAGGAGGAGAUAAACAAUGGUGAAUAUGCAGGAGGAAGCAACAAAUCCUAUCAUCAGUGGCUCUUCACAGUGAAGAAAGGAAGUGGGGCCAUCAUCAAUACAAUGAAGACGAAGGCAAACCCAGCAAUGAAGACUGUAUACAAGUUUGCAAAAGAUCAUGCAAAAAUGGGAAUAAAAGAGGUGAAAAAUCGUUUGAAGCAAAAGGAGAUGGCAGAAAAUGGCUACUCAGUGGCUGGAGACAGUGUCCCGCACAAAGGUAUCGCGGCGUCCCCUCUGUCUGAGAAGAAGGAAGGGAGGCAACGGGAUGACCGGCGCCCAAUAACCAUGCACUUUGGCCAGCCAGAGAGAGUCCCUCCACCUCGCCCACCUCCACCAAAGAUAAACUCUGCUUCACCCGCACGACCUCCAAGACCACCAGUUAAGAAACCAAGAAGUAAUGUAUUGCCGACAGAGACUCGAAUAUCCUCCAUUUCAAGUCCAGAGCACAUCGUAAGGCCCACACGGCACUACACAGUGUUCCUUUCUGAGGAAUCCUCUGAUGAUGAACUUCACCAUGAAGAGAACUCUAUAUCUGCCUUCUCUGAAAGCUUUCUCUUCACUCCUUUUGAAUGGCCUCAACCCUAUAAAACGUUAAAGGAAUCCGAUACAGCAGAUGGCGAUGCUUUGAGUACAGAGAAGAGGCAAGGACACAACAUCUUUCCCAGCUUGCCGGUACCAACCAUGGAUGUGAAUUUACUGGACGACCUUUUCAGUAGUAUUAAGAUAACUUCGCAACAUCAGCCGCUCAGCCAAGCCAAGAGUAUGGAAGAUCUGAGGACACCUAAAGAGGAAGAAAUUGAGAAUCCGUUUGCAAAUCAGUGGAAAGGGAUGGCAUCAUCUGAGAAGAACAAAGCAGUGUCGACGGGGCUGCAUCACACGCUGCCUCACACCAAGCUGCGGAGCACGGGCCACGAUGACAUGUCUCUGGACGUGAAGCCCAUCACCAGCUCAUCGCCUGGAAGCAUUCACUUUGGUGGCUUCUUCACGUCCGUCGACGGCGAGUAUUCAGACGCUCCCGGGAGUGGUUCGGGCAACAUCACGAUUCCCCGGCCCCAAGGCAAGAAGUCGUCGGAGAAGGGAAUCGGGCUGCCCCCUCCAGCGGCCAUCAGCCGGGUAAUCAAGCAGCAGGCUUUUCCCGGCCUGGAUCAGGCCUCGACGGCGCUGCAGGACGGCGGCAAGGAAGACGGGCCCGGGCCCAGUGCUAGCUCGUUGUCAGACAUGUUGCAAGAGUCCGCUGGAGCUGAGAAGAAACCCCCAGCAUCAGACUUAACACCAGCAUUAAACCGGUCACCUCAGCCUCCACUGAGUUCAUGUGCUGCUGAUAUUCUAAAACCGAUCAAAGUCAGUCAAGGAGUGGAUAGCAGGAACGAUCUCCUGAGUCUUUUGGAUCCACUCAGCACCAGUUGCGACCAUGACAGGGGUGCGUCCCCAGCUGCCAACCCAUCCUUGGCACCCGCCUCAUCCCUGCCUCCAGUUCCCGCUCCACUGGUGUUUGCUGCACCAGGGACUGACCUUGGUUUAAGUACACCACCCGCUUCCUUACAGUUCAGCCAGACCCUGGGGUACUCGGCCCCCAGCCCUGCAACCAUGGCACAGUUUCCCCAACCGCCCUCCUACCCGUUUUCCCAAACCCUGCCCUCAGCCCUUCCCUUCCCUCAGACCCAGCCCCCCGCCCCACACUUUGCCUCUCCUGCAGCCUCUGCUUUUGUCCCGGGCUUCAUGCCGUCAGCUCCGAGCUUUUUCCAACCACAGAUGCCCCACAGGAACUACUCGGCUCCUUCCCUCCACCAUUUGUACACUCAACCCAAGGCUCUGCCUCAAUCAGGGACCUUCAGCAAGCAAAGCACAAUCUCCUCGACAAGCCUGGGAGCCGCGAGCUACACGGCAACAGCCGCCAAAGCAGGUACAAAUGUAGCUGAUUCCAAUCCAGCCGUGCCUAGCGCAGGGAAAAACUUGACCGAGCCACCUUUGGUCCCACCAAAGCCUUCCAAAGGUCCCGAAAGAAUUUCCAAGCCCUCUGAGCCCAGCGUGGCCGGAGAUCCCUUUGCAGCUUUGCUCAACACUACGAAGAAGGAAGCAGCAACGUCGCAGAGUAGAGUUGACCAGCUGAGGAAGAGGUGGGAGACGUUUGAGUAACAGCCGACACAGGAGUGCCCUGUGGAUGACAGAGCAACACUGGAGACUCCAUAUACUGUGGCCUUUGGACGCUUCACAUUAAAAAUGUCUCGUUAGAAAGGGUACACUGUACAAGAGGCUGUUCUGUAUGGUUUCUGUAUUAGCCAUGAGCAGUGCGUCUUGUACCCGUGAUAGUUGAGGAGAGGUGGUCUCACCACGCCCCUCAUGAUAUUUAAAACCCGCAGCAAGCCACGUCCAUUGAUUUACACAUGACCUGCUCUAGGUGGUGAUUUACUGUGACUUUCGCAUUCGCUUUCCUGCAAAGAAACGCUCCCCAAAAAGCAGUCGAAGCUCAAACUGAAGGUUGCCUUCUUCGAUUCUUUUGUUCCUUUCAUAAUGCCCAGUGAUGGCACCGAAGUCACCAUCGUGGCACCUCGCCCCUAGCACUGACAUUGAAUCCUUGCAUCAUGUUAAGCGUAUUCAGUACCACACUUUAAAUUUGCCAGUGUAGUUAUUAAUUUUUUUGCUGCACCCUUCUUCCGUAGUGCACUGUAUCCAGCAGUAUUUUGAUAAUUCCAUGGGUUAUCAUCAAAUGAAUCUCAACAUUCUUAAUUUCCCCAACCAUGACAUCAGAGAGUGAAGCCUGUGGCUUCUGACCAUGAACUUUUCUUUUCAAAGAGUUAAUUAUGACAAAGUAUUGUGUAUUUAUUGUAAUCGUGUGUGCAAAGGAAGCAGGGGCAAAUCAGUGUUCAGCAGUAUCACACGUUUCUCUCCCAGCUCAGCAAAGCUGCGUUAAUACAGUCUUGUUAGUAAAAUAUUUAUAUUGGCUUUGCUGUGGGAUAGGUUCUGCGUCAAUUGAUUGUGCCCGGGUUAAUAGAUUUUUCAAUUUAGAUUUGUUUAAGAAUAAUCCACGGCACUGUGUCUAACGUAUGGUCACUACCAGUGUGAUACUAGCUAGCAACCUUGACUGAGUAUUAUAAUGGUUGACACAAUGUGCUUUGUGAUCCAAGUGGAACCGAUCUCUGCCUGUGUGUUACCACCAACGGUUUCAUGACAGGCACCAGCGCAGAAGUCCCGAUCGAAGUGAAUCCUCCUCAAAUGAUUCAAAGUCCUCACCAGGUGAGUGAGGGACUUCCUUGAGCUUUUACCAGGUUUUUAAUUCACUCACGCUGCUUAUUCUCCAUUUCUGAUGCACCAUUCUCUGAUCAUAAAUAGCAAUGGGUUUGUGCUUCCUAAGAUUCUCUUAAAUAACGCUCCCACCUUGGCCUGAGCAGAUAUUGGCCACUUCAGCCAAGAGGCUUGACAAGUAUUGGAGGUAACUAACGUUAAAGCUACUCAGAAAGACAUAUGAAACAACACUCCUGGGGCCCACUGCCUUUCUGUACCUGUAUUUAGCAUUCACAUCGUGACAUUUUUACAAACUUUGAGGAAGGAAUGUUUGCUUAAGGGACUGCAGUACUAUUUGUCGAAGCUGUGUUUUUCCCCCAGUGUUCACUCGGUUAAUGUACACGGAUCCUUUCUGACUGAACUCUGGUGAUUCUUGUACGGAACAGUGAGAUUGCACAACUCUAUUUACAAUAUGAUGCCGUGUAGUUCAAGCAAGAGUUUGCCUCUCAUCAGUUUCUGUAAGGCACUGGGCAAACCUGAUGUGCUGUGGGUUAUAAAGACUGGCAUUUCUAGAUCUCCCUCUGAUUUCUGACCCAUUUUAGCGCAUUAUCAUACCUUGGGAAAAAUAAGUUCAGCCCACCAUGUUUAAAAUAUGCAGACUUCGUUCUUAUUAAGUCACGUAACCAAUCAAAGAUGUCAUCAAAUAUUCCGCAGAUAAUCUUGCAUCUGAUAAUCAAAGAACAUAUUCAGUAUUUAUAAACUGCUGGGUUACGUCUUCUCUGCCAUAUCAUUUCUCCACACUUUGACCUUAUGCCAAUAGCUUCAACAUUGCAGACUUUACUUUGAAUACGUGAGUAAUGUCUGAUGUUUUCUGAAUAGAACUGUUACUGUUGUUCAAUUCCGACAUCCGUGUUCCAUUAGAGCUCUUGCCUUCAGCUACUGACACUUGUGUUAAAGUUUAGAAUGUAUCUCUUUCUUUGUAGUCUUUAAGGCAGAGAACUUCCAAAUGGAAAAGGUGACACGGGUACGGCAGACCCACCAUCCCACACAUGAGGUGGCUGCUGAUUGUGCACAUGUCGCAUGUUAAGACUCUCCUACCAACAGGCUGCCCACACACCUCUCACAAACACACACACACACUCUCUCUCAAACGCACGCACACUCAUACACGCGCACACUCCCAAACACAUGCACACUCAAACACGCACAUUCUCUCACACACACAUACGCAAACAUGUACAAUCUCAAACACACACGCUCUCUCCCUCAAAUGCGCACACUCACUCUUCAACACACGCACUCUCAAACGCGCACACACACUCUCUCAAAUACACAUCUACAUUCACCAGAAAGCUCCAUAGAAGAUAAAAAGGUGUUAUAUAAUAAUAUUCAGGUUCCAGUGCACUUAAUUGCACAGUCAGUCAGUCAGUCAGUCAGUCGCUCCCCAAGCCAGUGCUUAUGCUGGGCGAGGGCAACUUGUGAACGAGAUCACGGAUGGAACAACCAGUACAAAAUAAAUUCAUGUAAACAUUAAUUAGUUUAUAAAGUAUGUUUGUACUCAUAAAUAAAAUAGUUUAAUAUAUUUGCAAUUUUAAGAGAUGCUUUGCAUUUGCCUCCCAGCUAAAUAACAAAAUUUAGUUUUUUUUUAAAUUUUGUACAAUCCACUCAAGAUACUUGAAGUGCUUAAUGAUCAGUCCUGCUUUACAUGACAGAACUUUCAAAUACCUGAAGUGGCAUUUUGUGGCCCUAAAAUCAUGAUUGACUUGAGAUGGAAUGCUCACAAUGUUAGUUGGAAAACAAGGCAUGAACCAUCAAGCUAAACAUGCAGAUUAUUACUCGAUGUUUAGCUGGGUUUUUUUGUUUUACUCUGCAUAUUUUGCGCUGUGAAAAUGGCAUCCCAUCAGUGAUGAUAGUGGGAUGUGGCUUUCAUUGGCAUUAAUUCUCUGCAGUUUGUCCUUGCGGCGAAAGUUUAUUUAUCAGCACAUGAUAUGGUGCUGAAAAUGUGCUCGGUUUGAAGCUUGACAAAUUCUAUCGUGAAACGAGGGUCGUAGCAACAUAAAUUGUUCAUGUAGCCACAUAUGAUGCCACAGUUCAAAACAAAUACACCUUGGUCCUAUUCACAGCCACUUGAUAGUCUAACCCACAUGACCAAAACCUGGCACAAGUUUCCAGAUAGAUAAUUAGUUCCAAGCAGCCUUUGUACCUGUCUUUAAAGAUAUGAGAUACUUAAGCACACUUCAGCUAAGUAGAUGCAAAAUUUACACAUUUGAAAUUAAGUCGUCAAAUAAUUGCUUUGGAAAAUCCAUGUGAAGUAGUCAAUCAUAUGAUACUGCAGUGGCUUUUGACAAGAACUGUAAAACACACAUUUCCAGAGAAUUGUGAUACGUUAUUAAUGUGCCUCAAACACUUCUGAAUGUUAAAUGAGUGUGAUAGACCACAGCUGAGGUAGAAGACAAAGCAGCUUUGAUGUUUGUGAAUCCGUUUGAUUCACCCACACUAAAUCACUACAGCAAUUCCUCACUACGAUAACAGCCAUCCUUGGCACUGUACAAUACGACGAGAGGAUUCCCGUUCAAGCUUACACGUUGCUUUUGAAAACUUGGCUCCCUAAACGCUGCUAAGUAAAUGUACCAAGUUCCUGGGUAUAUUGUGAAGAGUGUUUCUUUACCAGCUUGUCAGGUGUGCAGUUUUGUUCUAUACAUCUAUUUCUAGUUUAAUAUAUUUGUCACUAAUAUUGUGAUUGUGUUUUAUGUAUUGAAUUUUAUGGUGUUUGGCAAAAACGUUCAACUCUCCCGGAAGGGAUUUCUUGAUGUAUUGAGUAACAGCAACACAGUCCGUGACCACAAAGGUUUUCCACUGAGCUUUCAUCCAGACUGGCCACAGAUACAAGUAUAUACACAGUGAAUUUCUGAUGAUGUUGACAUUAAGCAAUAGCUAUUGAGUGUUUAUUUUAAUUGCAAUAAUAGUACAUCUAGUAUUUGUAACCAGGGGCCCUAGUGACACUUUAACCUCAACUGGUAUCGGCAGUUUCUCGUCAAGUAUUAUGGAAGGCCCACGGUUUACCUAUUUAGAGAUUACUUAUUUUGUUGUAGAAUGUAUUGACACUAUGAUUUUCAGUCAAGCAGUUUUUUUUUUUUAAAUACCCACGCAGAAGUUCAGACACACGUUCCAUAAAACUUGCCCAAAAUAAAUGUCGCUUGGAAAAUUCAGAAGGCAGGUUUAUCUAAGUGUCGCCAUGCUUUUAAACCCAGGCUUUUCCUCAUGGCUGCUUUCCAAAGUUGGUUGUGUACAGAAAUUUCUGCAUUUCUAUGUCCAAAGACACUGUUUAGUUUUUGACAAAAAAAAAUGGAAUCAAAGUAUGUGUAGAUAAUGGCUCACCGCACACAUUGCUGGGCCCAGAGCCCAGAGGGCCUGGCUGAGAUUCAGUGCGUUAUUAUUAGUGUGAUCUGUUAUCGAUUAUCACUCGUACAACUGAACAAAUGACUUUUGUAAUUAAAAUGGUGAAAUGGAAUUGUAAACUGGCUGAGUGAUGUUGAGGGAUUUGAACGUAAUAAAAGUGAUCAUUCUCCUGUGC